AUAAUUAUCAAAGUAAAAUAGAUUUACCUUUUUGAACAGUAUCUUUUAUAUAGCUAUAGACGACUCGAAGAGUAGCCGGUUCCAUGUCGAUAGCUGCAUCCAACUCCGCUAAGGUGUCCAAUGCUUUGAAAGCAUUGGAACAGAAGCCUGAAUCUAUACCUUCCAUCAACCAAUACACCACUGACGACGGAACGGUUCUUUCUACUAAAGAUAGAGCAAUCACCAGUGUACCCCCACCAGCCACCAAAAUCCCUACUGAUGCCCAGCUAUUCCUCCCGGAUGGCCGUCCGAACUGUGAUUUCCUUCGUGAUCAUUUCAUUCAUGAGGGGAGACUUCGUGAAGAUCAAGCAAUCCGAAUCUUACGUGAUGCUACCCAACUCCUUGCAUCGGAACCAAAUCUUUUGGAUGUACCGGCUCCAGUCACAGUAUGUGGGGAUGUCCAUGGUCAAUAUUUCGACUUGAUGAAGUUGUUUGAAGUUGGUGGAGACCCUAUGACUACCUCAUAUUUAUUUCUUGGAGAUUAUGUUGAUCGUGGAUCAUUUCUGAUUGAAUGUUUAUUAUAUCUUUACUCACUCAAGUUGAACCAUCCAACCACUUUCUGGAUGCUUCGUGGGAACCAUGAAUGUAAGCAUUUGACCGAUUAUUUCACUUUCAAGACUGAAUGUUUGCACAAAUAUUCCAUCAACUUGUACGAAGAAUCACUUAAUAGUUUCAAUGCCUUACCCCUUGCCGCCAUCAUGAAUAAACAAUUCUUUUGUGUACAUGGUGGAUUAUCACCAGAUUUGAAGACUUUGGAUGAUUUGGUUAAACUUGAUCGUUUCAGAGAACCUCCAACCAAGGGACUUAUGUGUGAUUUAUUGUGGGCUGAUCCAGUGGAAGAUUAUGAUGAAGAUAAUAUGGAUGCUACGUUUGUUCGUAAUACUGUUCGUGGUUGUUCAUAUGCAUUCACAUAUAAGGCUUCUUGUCAAUUCUUGGAACGUACCGGACUUUUAUCAGUGAUUAGAGCCCAUGAAGCGCAAGAUAUGGGGUACAGAAUGUACAAGAGAACAAAGACAAUGGGGUUCCCUUCACUUUUGACUAUGUUCAGUGCUCCUAAUUACUUGGAUACAUACAACAACAAGGCAGCAGUGUUGAAAUAUGAAAACAAUGUCAUGAAUAUUCGUCAAUUCAACCUGUCUCCACAUCCAUAUUGGUUACCAAAUUUCAUGGAUGUAUUCAGUUGGUCCUUACCGUUUGUUGGAGAAAAAGUUACCGAUAUGUUGGUAUCAAUUUUGAAUAUUUGUACUGAGGAAGAAUUAAGUGAAGAAACUGUUUUUGAAGGAGAUCCAACCAAACAUAUAGUUGAUACCACCAGCUCCACCACCUCCUCCAAUACCCCACAUGGCAGUAAAAGCAUCACCAAUACCCCACAAGCCAGUAAAAGCACCACCACCCAUUCCGUGGAAGAUGCUCUGUCUGUAGUGAUUAGUCCAGAAGUUUCAGCUGCUGCCUCGAUGACUCCUGUGGACGAUUCGUACGAGGCAAAGCGUCAAGCACUUCGUAAUAAGGUCAUUGCCAUUGGACGAGUCUCUAGAAUGUAUCAAGUUCUUCGAGAACAAUCAGAACAAGUUGCACACCUUAAACAAUUGAACAGCGGGACACUUCCUAAGGGUUCCCUUCUACAUGGUAGUGAAGGACUUCGGGAAAAGAUCAACACUUUUGAAGAAGCUAGAAGGGCUGACUUGGCCAAUGAGGCAUUGCCACCAUCUCACGAAGAAAUGAAGCGUCGUGGAGCUGAAAAGGAAGAAAAGAUAAAACAAGAAAUUAACAAUUCACUGAAUUCGAGUCCGGUAUUCCAAAGACUCAUUAGGAAGUUGUCACAGGGUUAAGUAAAGUAGUUACGAACAAUAUAUAUGUAGUCACAUAAA